GAGGUCUGUGCACCCCUUUGCCGCCCACGGGUGCCCGAGCUGAGCCUGCACCCUGUCUCACACCCUCUGGCUGUUGCCAUGACGUCCGCCUGCACCAACAGCACGCGCGAGAGUAACAGCAGCCACACGUGCAUGCCCCUCUCCAAAAUGCCCAUCAGCCUGGCUCACGGCAUCAUCCGCUCAGUCGUGCUGCUUAUCUUCCUCGUCGCCUCUUUCGUCGGCAACAUAGUGCUGGCGGUAGUGUUGCAGCGCAAGCCGCAGCUGCUGCAGGUCACCAACCGUUUUAUCUUUAACCUCCUCGUCACCGACCUGCUGCAGGUUUUGCUCGUGGCCCCCUGGGUGGUGGCCACCUCUGUGCCUCUCUUCUGGCCCCUCAACAGCCACUUCUGCACCGCCCUGGUUAGCCUCACCCACCUGUUCGCCUUCGCCAGUGUCAACACCAUUGUCGUGGUGUCAAUAGAUCGCUACCUGUCCAUCAUCCACCCUCUCUCCUACCCAUCCAAGAUGACCCAGCGCCGUGGUUACAGGCUCCUCUACGGCACCUGGAUUGUGGCCAUCCUGCAGAGCACCCCUCCACUCUACGGCUGGGGCCAGGCUGCCUUUGAUGAGCGCAAUGCCCUCUGCUCCAUGAUCUGGGGGUCCAGCCCCAGCUACGCUAUUCUCAGCGUGGUGUUCUUUAUGGUCAUUCCACUGAUUGUCAUGAUUGCCUGCUACUCGGUAGUGUUCGGUGCAGCACGGAGGCAGCAUGCUCUGCUGUACAAUGCCAAGAGCCACAACUUGGAGGUGCGAGCCAAGGAAUGUGUGGAGAAUGGGGAUGAAGAGGGAGCAAAGAAGAAGAAGAAGUUCCGGGGUAAAACUGAGUUUCACCUCCAGGAUGAAGGUGAGGUCAAGGCCAAGGAGGGCAGCAUGGAAGCCAAGGACAGCAGCCUGAAGGCCAAGGAAGGAAGCACAGUGACCAGUGAGGGUAGUGUGAGGGCCAGGGGCAGCAAGGAGGUCAGAGAGAGCAGCAUGGUGGCCAGCAACGGCAGCCUGGAGGGUAAGGAAGGCAGCACCAAAGCUGAGGGGAAAAGCAUGAAGGCAGACAAGGGUCGCACAGAGGUCAACCAGUGCAGCAUUGACUUAGGUGAAGAUGACAUGGAGUUUGGUGAAGACUACAUCAAUUUCAGUGAGGAUGAUGUCGAGGCAGUGCACCUCCCCGAGAGCCUCCCACCCAGUCGUCGCAACAGCAACAGUGACCCUCCUCUGCCCAGAUGCUACCAGUGCAAAGCUGCUAAAGUGAUCUUCAUCAUCAUUUUCUCCUACGUGAUAUCCCUGGGGCCCUACUGCCUUUUAGCAGUCCUGGCCCUGUGGGUGGAUGUCGAAACCAAAGUACCCCAGUGGGUGAUCACCAUAAUAAUCUGGCUUUUCUUCCUGCAGUGCUGCAUCCACCCCUACAUCUAUGGCUACAUGCACAAGACCAUUAAGAAGGAAUUCAAGGAUGUGCUGAACAAGUUAUUCUGCAAGAAAAAGCCCCCAAAAGAAGAUAGCCGCCCAGACCUGCCUGGAACCGAAGCUGGGACUGAAGGCAAGUUCGUCCCUUCCCACGAUUCUGCUACUUCUCCUUGAAGUAGUUCUAAGGCAAACCUUGAACUGUCCAUAAGAGCAGCUUUCUUUUCAAUGGACCCACAAUCCAUUAAUGCCAAACCAUACCAUUUCAGGCAAAGGUGUUGCACACAUGCUCUUCACCACAAGGUAGAUAAAUACAUGGAAGAGGCAGGAACUGGGGUCUUUCCUUAAAAGCAUGAACUUGAGGAUUCUGACUUAAGUUUUUCUCCCAAAGAUUAUUAGGCUCCAAAUUUCUUAAAGCAGCAAGUGCUGCCCAUUUUGGACGUGUACUUGGUAUUCUGUCUUUCCAGAGCUACAACAUGCUAACUUUAUCUCUGAGGGAAAGGGAAGUUGAUGCCUGUGAACUUAAGGACUUUUUGGCCCUUGGGCUAGGGCUAUAGCUUACGUUCAACUGAAAGAAAGGUGAUGGACCAAAUCAUUCAUGAAGCCCAAGAAACAGAACCUAAUGGACUGAUCAACAUAUAAGCCAAAUUCUGAACUGAACAGCCCCACAGUUGGGUGCAAAGACUGUUAUGCAAACUAAAACAAAAGACUUUGUGCAGUUAAAAUCUCAAGAAGGUUUCUAGAUCCCCUAAAGAGAUCCAGAAAAGUAGAAGGGCAUGUAUGAAAUGGGAAGCUAGUCCAAGGGAAAAGAUCGAGAAAUAACACAUAUCCGGGGGGGGGGGGUUGUUCCUAUAAAAUCUUGGGUUUAUGCAUGGGCUGGGACUGAGGUCAUUAAGUGCAAAUGGAAAAUUGUCAAUUGACACAAAUAUUUUCUGUCUUGUGUUGAAUGAUAGCAGGGAGGAAAUCAUGCCACUAUUUUACAACUUCCUUAUGUGACUGAAUUGAGAUGAUGGUAAGAAAUCUUCAAAUCUCUGCCAGCAUUUGUUUUCUUUUGGUUUGUUUUUUUUAGUCUUUUUAGACUAAAGUCUUUUUUAGUCAAACAGUAUUUAUAGAAAAAAGGAAAUUCAACGUGAGAUCAUAGUUAGUAAAUAUGAUCUCCAUAUGGGGAGUAAGGAAGGCAGAAUGAACAGUUUUCUUCCUCAAGGCACACCCAUGAGUCUUUUCCACCUGUGGCUCUUUUUAAAGCUUUUAAGUUCUCUGCAGAUGUGAGAGAGAAAUAUCAGAGAGUCAGAAAUGACAAAGACGAUGGUUUCAUAAUACCUGGAAAACAGCUGACCUAUUCCAAACAGUCCUUAAAUCAAAGCAUUCAGGUCAGACGUAUGCUAAUUAUUGCUGUUGAAAUGUAUCACAUUGGAAAAACUUUUACAAUAUCUAAAUUAUCCCUAGGGUCAAUUUACAGGAAAAUCUCUCAAAUCCCGAAACCCAAAAUCACUAUGGGCAAGGAUAUAUGUAUAUAUUUCUGAGGGCAUGGCCAUAUCUAUAUAACCAAGUAACAUGGAACCAAAAAAACAGUCAAGCCAGUGUUUUGAUCCUCCCAUAGAACAAGUUAAAGCAACUCUAAAGCCAAUCAACUGUUCAUGUAGAAACCCACUGUUAAUAUGGAUGGAGGGAGUUUUUGGUUGAAAAUGGUUAAUCAGGUAGUUGCAUGAUGUAAAAUGAUCAUCUUCAGAGUUUAGCCUGAUUCUUGUGUGAUUGCCGUGCCUUUAUUAGAACUCAAGUUUCAUUUAAAUAAAUGCCCAGCUCAUUUAUAUUCUUUUAUCUCUUCCUCCUCACAGAUUUCAACAUGAGCUUCUCAAGGGGGAGAGGUAAACAGCAAUGUAUUAGGACUGAGACUAACUCUGCAUGGAAUUUGGGAUUGCCAUGUUCAGAAUUUAGGAAAGGAGAGGGAAUAGAACCAAAUAACAUAGAGAUGACUCAUCAAACAAAAAUACCACGAUAACAUUAUUAAUUUCAACUCCAUUAAUUUGAAACUUGUAGUUAUUCAGACAAGGCAUGGGGGCUGAAGUUUACCCUGACACUAUCAUUUAUUUUUCUACCAAAAUGCAUAAAGUGAAUUAACAGUUAUAAAUUUGUUCUACUAAUUUAUCGCCAAACUCUUGUACUUACCUAUCCUUAAAGGAUAUCUGGGUGAAUAAAUGGCCUAUGUGAUCAAUCCUUCUAUGGGGGAGGGGUAGUGCCUUAAGAUCUGUUCAAAUGGUCAAAGGAGUUCAAGGUGGCUGUAGCCUAUCCUUUGAGUAGAAAUGUUUACUUGGGUAAGAAACAGGACUUCAAACGUAAGUGUGUUUCCAAAUAUUGUGUUGAAACUGAACCUCUUAUUUUAUUUUUAAAGCUGACCCCUUCAAAGUGUAUCAGAGAAAAUUGUUUGCCAAAAUCCCAAAUCAAAAUGGAACCAGAACCUGUACGAGUAUGGUAAGUCCAUUUAACAGCACACACAACAUUCUCAAGGGCACCGAGAUUCCUUACUACCCUGCUUUCCUUUUUGAAGUUCCUCUUUUCCUUAUUUUAGUCAUUGUCCAUUAUUUUGGUAAAUUGAAUUCCUCAAAAGUAAAGACGUUUUGAAAAUAUGAACCUGGAAAAGAGGACCUUUUAAUUAAGAGCAUCCUGCUUUGAUGACAUAUUCUUCUUAAUGAACAAUAAGGCCUCUGGUUAACCUGGAGAUAGCAAGUACUUGAAAUUUUUUGCUAUUUUGAGUAAAGCACUAUCACUUUAAUGAGGUUUUACUGCACACACUGUUUUGUCAUUUGAAAAUCUGAAAGCACACACAAAAAAGUCAUCAUUAGCCUCACAGAACCUCAUAUGCAAUAGCUUUCCCUAAAUGUUUUUAAGGGAUGUAUUCUUUUGCCAAAGCCACUUCAUAUGUGCAGUAAAAAAAAUCCCAUUAAAGUACAGGGGCCAGACAAACCAGUCUAUGAAAUGAUGUGAUUUUAAAUUUAAUGAUUUUCCUUAUUUAAGUAUAAUAGAGCAUCUAGUUUGCCAAGAAGUCGCAGGUGCUUUGACUAACACACCAAUUUCUACAAGCUUGGGAAGGCAGUAAUAGGGAGCGAGCCCUGGGCUUCUGUGACUUCUAUGAUGCUAGGGUCCCGCUUCUCUGGCACACUACAAGUAGCAGCUGCUUGAAAGGCCUCUGCACUUUCAGCUCCCUGCCUACCUCUUGCCGUCAGCCCACUGCCUUCACCCGCCUCACUCCCUCUCCCUCUGCUGCACCGGCCCUUCAGGAACAAUCCAUGCUUGAAGUUCUGUGUAUUCACCUACCCCCCAUCCAUCCCUUCCCAACCCAGAGCUGACAGAUUCACAGGGACCUGUGGGCCUAUGGAAACAGGGAAGGAGAGAAGUGAGCCAUAGGAGUGACCAGCAAUUAAAGGUAUUUUUCUGUCUCCUACCCAACUCCAAUAUAAUUUAGAGAUGACGGGAUACCUACUUCAAAUUCAAGAGGUAAGGAAAAGUGCCAUUUAUUAUUAAGGAGAAGGUAGACAGCUCAUUUUUUACCAAAAAAGCACUCGAUAUUACACAUCACUGGAGGAAUAGUCAAUCCUGUCAAUGCUGUCCAAUUAUUUCAGCANAAAAAAAACACUAAAAAAUCUUUUACCUACAAAAUUAUAAGGUGCCCAACAUUGCCUUGUUUUUUUUCCUGUUAGCACAAUAGUUAAGGUAUAGGGCCUGCAACAUUGCAUUAUUUUAUACAUAAUUAGCCAAUUAAACUAGGUAAAGUUACUUCAAAAAGAUUUGUUCAUACUACCUAAAGAAUAAUUUACAAGAUUAAACUAGGCUGACUUAAACUUUGCCAAAAAGCUCUUAAAACUGUCUAAAAUACAUCAUUUGGAAGAAAAAAAAAUGCAUCAUCUGGUAAUUUGAACUCAAGAUAAAAUCCUCACGAGUCAUUGGGAUGAAACAAUUUAAACUCCUGGAUGGUAUUUUUCUCUCACAACCAACUUGCCCAAUCUUUUGA